AUGGGUUUCAGUUGCAAAACCCUGUUGUGUUUGGUUCCCAUACUUGUGCUUGUGUUGUUGCAAGGGGCAAGUGCCGGGCAAUAUUACCACAAUGCGACCGGGUUAGCAAGUCGAAAACAAAUGGGUGGCUGCAAUUUAUUUCAAGGCCAAUGGGUGUUUGAUCCUUCGUAUCCUUUCUACGACUCCUCAGGGUGUCCCUUCAUAGAUGCUGAAUUCGAUUGCCUUAAAUAUGGCCGACCAGACAAGCAGUACCUUAAGUACGCCUGGAAACCUGAUGGCUGCAGCUUGCCAAGAUUUGAUGGGGCGAGUUUUCUGGCAAAAUGGAGGGGGAAGAAGAUAAUGUUUGUGGGCGACUCACUGAGUUUGAACAUGUGGGAAUCUAUGGCCUGUAUGCUUCAUGCCUCUGUGCCUAACUCCAAGACCACAUUUGUCAGGAAAACCCCUUUGUCUUUUGUCAUCUUUGAGGACUAUGGGGUGACUGUGUAUUUGUAUCGAUCACCGUACUUGGUGGAUAUAGUUAAAGAGAAUGUUGGUGAUGUGCUUAAUCUAGGCUCCAUCAAUGGCGGCAAUGCAUGGAAAGGGAUGGACGUGUUGAUUUUCAACAGCUGGCAUUGGUGGACCCACAAGGGGAAAUCUCAAGGAUGGGAUUACAUUAGAGAUGGGUCUACACUAUACAAAGAUAUGGACCGUUUACAGGCAUUCAACAAAGGGCUUACAACUUGGGCUAAUUGGGUUGAUAGCAAUGUUGAUCCUACCAAGACAAAGGUCUUCUUCCAGGGCAUUUCACCCACCCACUACGAAGGUAGGGAGUGGAACCAACCGAAAAAGAACUGUAACGGUGAGCUAGAGCCGCUGUCCGGUCCGACGUACCCGGCAGGGGCUCCUCCAGCCGCUGCCAUCGUGAACAAAGUUUUAGGGUUGAUGAAGAAACCGGUUUUCUUGCUUGAUAUCACGACGCUGUCGCAGUUGAGAAAAGACGCUCAUCCCUCGACCUAUAACAGUGAUCAUUCGGGCAACGACUGCAGCCAUUGGUGUCUUCCGGGCUUGCCUGAUACAUGGAACCAGCUUCUAUAUGCAGCUCUGGUUAUGUGAAGGUGACACAUUGGGAAAACAAAGAAUUUACAUCUCUUUUUCUUCUUCAUACAAAAUUAAGUUGUACAAUAUUCAGGAAGAUGAUGAAAGUUAUAUCAUUAUAUGGGUGGGGGUGAUUAA